AUGGACUGCCAUUAUUGCUCCAUUCCGUGGUCAGAAUGGGGGCGCCACCUUCUACAAGCAUAUUGCCUGACUUUUACGCGCACCCUCUUUCAAAAUGCAUCCAUGGAGCAGCUUCAACUUGUUCUUCCCCCCGCUUCCGCUCAGAAAAGUUACGAAGCCCAUAUGAAACUACAAAAAGCCUCACCCAACAUACUCGUUCUUCCUGAAGGUACAAUGGCAUUCUGGCUUGGUGAUCCUGCUUCCGAAAAGUUGAUAAUAUACUUUCCCGGUGGCGGCUACUGCCUCCCUGCGCUACCUGGCCACUUUAGCUAUCUCGGAGCUCUCUCCACAGACAUAAAAGAACAUGGCAAAAGCAUCGGUGUGCUAUUCCUUGCCUAUGAGCUUGCCCCCAAAGCCCGAUGGCCUCGUCAUAUGCCAUUCAGAGACUGGGAAAACAACCGUCAGACAUUAUUCUUCAGGGUGACUCGGCAGGCGCUCAUCUUGCACUUGCGCUACUAUCAACAUCUUGCUCACCCACAUCCUCAAGACCUCGUGCCGAGAUUUUCGGUUGAUGGACCCCUCAGAGGAACGAUGUUGUUGUCCCCUUGGGUUGAUUUCAGAACUGAUCACCCGAGCUCCAAUGAAAACGCGGAUAGAGACGUUAUAUCGGCUCAGACUUUGAAUAGCUGGGCACAGAUAUUUCUGGGUCAAACCGUGGAAGAUGAGUACAACUGCCCCGCCGACGCGCCAGCGGGCUGGUGGAGAGACCUUCCUGUUUCAAACAUCUUUAUUGGCGCGGGAGGAGACGAAGUCCUGUUGGAUCCGAUUAGGCAGACGGCCGAUAAGAUGAAGGCUGAACUCCCCGGCGUGAGCAUUAGUAUUGUGCCUCGAGAAUUCCAUGUCGAGCCAAUCACGGACUUUGCUUUGAAGGUACCCCCUGGGUUGCAGUUCAAGGUGAUGGCGUCAUGGUUGAACCGGACCUUUUUCGCAUUUCACUCCGAAAAGGAAUGA